AUGGCCUCUUACGCUGCUUACAGUGGCGCUUACAGUGGCUACACCAAGCCACCUCAAUCGUAUGCAGGCUCUUACUACGAUGAGAAGCAAGCCAAGACAUAUGCAGAUUAUCAAGACUCUCUAAAUGAUGAAAAAAAGAGAAUUGAGAAGAAGGACCGCCAGGACGCCAUCUGCUGUGAGGUAGUGGCCCUCAUCAUCGGUUUCAUUGGACUUAUCGGAGUGGCAGCCGUGACAGGCCUGCCGAUGUGGAAGGUAACAGCCUUCAUUGAGGAGAACAUCAUUGUCAUGGAGACUCGCUGGGAGGGCUUGUGGAUGAACUGCUACAGACAAGCUAACAUCCGGAUGCAGUGCAAGGUUUAUGAUUCCCUGCUGUUUCUGCCCCCAGACCUUCAGGCUGCUAGGGGUUUGAUGUGUAGCUCUGUGGCCCUGUCCACCUUCGCCCUCAUUGUCUCAGCAGUGGGGAUGAAGUGUACUAAAGUGGUUGACCAUCGGGCUCGCACCAAGCAUGUUGUUCUUGUUGCUGGAGGCUGUCUGUUCCUCUUGGCCUGCCUCACUAUCAUAAUCCCUGUGUCCUGGACCGGCCAUGUCAUCAUCAGGGACUUCUACAACCCUCUGCUGAUCGAUGCCCAGCGCAGGGAGCUUGGGGAGGCUCUUUACAUCGGCUGGGUGACCUCAGCUUUGCUUUUCACUGCCGGAGUGAUCCUGCUGUGCCGUCAUGCUCCCCGCACGCAGGAAUCAGAUGAGCGGGUUGUAUACAACCAGGAUGGAAAUCUCUACCAACCUGCAUACGCAUACCAGCCGUAUACGUACCAGCCAGCGUACACCUACCAGCCUGCCUACUCAGCACCCCCACCAGGAUCUGUAGCAUAUACACCAAGUCAGUACUAG